CUUAUGAGCGGUGAUGGUGUUGUGCGCCGUGGUCAUCCAAUCCUUGCGGUUUACGUCGGCGACUACCCAGAACAGCUCCUUGUGAGCGGCUGCAAGACUGGGGAGUGCCCGAAGUGCCCGAUUCCUCGCGAUGAGGUCGGAAGUUCCUCGAACACCUCGCGGGCAUUGCGAGACCUCGGAAAGGUCUUCGAUGCCUUAUCUGCACUAGACGAAGGGCCCACUGCUUUUUCGAAGGCCUGCCACGAUGCAGGCAUCAAGCCGCUGCCGCAUCCAUUUUGGCUCGAUCUUCCGUUUACGAACAUCUACAUGUCGAUCACCCCCGAUAUCCUCCAUCAGCUAUACCAAGGAGUCAUGAAGCACCUUAUCCUUUGGCUGCAAGAAGCGUGUGGCGAAGACGAGAUUGAUGCUCGCUGCCGUCGACUCCCUCUCAAUCACAACCUACGCCAUUUCCCCAAUGGGAUCUCCACAAUGUCUCGGAUCACUGGAAAGGAGCAUCAGGACAUCUGUCGUGAUCUUCUCGGACUCAUCAUUGGUCUUCCCCUUCCUGGCGGCGCAUCUCCUGUGCGGCUUGUUCGCGCCACUCGUGCUCUCUUAGACUUUCUCUAUCUAGCGCAGUACCCGACACAGACGGAGGAGACUCUAGGCCUCCUCGACAAGGCCCUCGCAUCAUUCCAUGAGAACAAGGCUGUAUUCGUUGACCUCAACAUCCGCUCCCAUUUCCGACUUCCGAAACUCCACUCCCUAGACCACUACCGCCAUUCCAUUGAGCUAUUCGGCACGACAGACAAUUACGACACCCAGUACUCCGAGCGGCUCCACAUCGAUAUGACUAAGGACGCGUACCGGGCAACCAAUCGGAAGGAUGAGCUUGCGCAAAUGACGGUCUGGCUUGAGCGUAAGGAGAAAAUGCAGCGGCAUGAGAAGCAUAUCCAGUGGCGCCUUUGUCAGCUUCAUUUGCAGUCACCUCCCCCUCCGCAUGACCUGAACCCUCCGCCUCCGAUCGCGAUGGUCCCUGCCUGGCCUCAUCUCCCUACAGACGACGCUCCCUCACCUCGCAUGCGAAUUGAGAUGACACGCCAUCCCACCAUCUACGCCGUCGACUUCCCCACCUUAGCCUUGGCCUAUGGCGCAACACAUUUUCGAGACGCUCUCACUCGGUACGUUGCCAAGAAGAAUAACCCUAUUUUCACAGCUGCACAAGUCGAACGUGAAUCGGCUAAGGUCUAUAUGCCUAUGCAAAAGGUGUCGGUAUAUCACAAGGUGAAGUUCUGGGUAUCAGACCCUCAAAGGCUGACCACUCCAGGUAAUGAGACUCACGAUGUCAUCCACGUCCGUCCGGCCCGCAAAAACAAGUACGGAGAUGGUGUUCCUGCACGUUUCGACACCGCCUUAGUACGGGAAGACCAGCCUACAGACGCCGAAACUCCGCAACGACAAGGUGUUCACCAAUUCCGUGUGGCGCAAGUCCGUGUAGUUUUCAAAAUCUCCGACAAGGCGAUGGCAGAGCUUUUUCCGCGUCUCCCAGUCCCAGAGCGACCUCGUCACCUAGCUUAUGUCGAGUGGUUCACUGCGUUCACAUCACCUCAUGCUGACCAUGGUCUCUACAAAAUCUCACGAGCCUUAAAUCGAGAUAAGGAACGCCGUGCAAGCAUAAUACCAGUAGAUAGCCUAGAGCGAAGCUGUCAUUCAUUCCCUGACUUCGGACCAGUUGCACCACGGACAUGGACGAGUAGUAAUGUCUUGGAUUUAUGUCCUACAUUCUAUGUAAACUCUUUCGUAGAUCGUAAUAUGUACAAACUCUUGUAUUGA